AACCGAAAAACCAAUUACAAGCUAACAACAAAUUGCAAACAAUCCGAGAAUUUUUACACGCCAAUUACUCAAUUACUCGACAAACUUCAGCCGAAUAUACGGGACUUUGAGUCUCCCGGAUGUUUACAAUGUCGUCUUUCGAUUUAAAAGAACAAGGCAACCGCUUGUUUACUUCUGGCCAGUAUGAAGAAGCAAUCGCUUGCUACUCGAAAGCCAUCAUCCGCAGUCCCAACGUCACGACGUUUUUCACCAACCGAGCUUUGUGCUACUGUCGCCUACAACGUUGGGAUGACGUCAUCUCUGAUUGUCGUCUCGCUCUGGAGCUGGACAACGGCUCAGUGAAGGCACAUUUCUUUCUUGGUCAAGCCUUGCUGGAACAGGAGAUGUAUGAUGAGGCUAUUGCUGCUCUGAAGAGAGCUUACGAUAUUUCUCGAGACAAACGAAUGAACUUUGGUGACGAUAUCGCUUCAUUACUGAGAAUUGCCAGAAAGAAGAGGUGGGACACUCUUGAAGAAAAACGAAAAUCCGAAGAGAAUCGUAUACAGUUGUAUUUGUCUAGACUUAUGGAGGAAGACAGAGACAGACAAAUGCAAGCGUCUGGGAAGGAUAAGGAGGAUGUUGCGCGGAUCGAGGAGGAGCAUGCUCGAAAUGUGGCUGCUCUGCAUAACUUAUUUGCACAAGCUGAUGAGAAACGGCAGAAACGAGAGGUUCCUGACUAUCUGUGCGGUAAGAUCAGCUUUGAGAUCAUGAAAGAUCCGUGUGUAACGCCAAGUGGAAUAACAUACGAACGAAAGGACAUCGAAGAGCAUCUAAAUAGAGUCGGACACUUUGAUCCAGUCACGAGGACAAAGUUGACACAAGACAUGCUCAUUCCGAAUUUAUCCAUGAAAGAAGUGAUUGAUCAUUUCCUGUCAAAGAACGGAUGGGUGGAGGACUAUUGCUAAACCACG